AACUCCUCAUGAAUCGUAGCCAAAACAUCAUAAUAUUGCCUGUAGGUCAAGAGCCUGACUGGGAGAUAGACAAUGCUGAGCAAGAUCCAUCAAAACUCAAAAGUACAGCAGACAGUUUUGUCAUCUUACAGUCCCUCAAGCAAUCAAGAGAGAAAUGGCUGCGCUCUACAUUUCCAAAGUUCUCCAGCCGUUCAAGGGGCGGAAAGCCCGCCGAUGCCAUCCCUCCACCGCAUACAAUGUACAAUCGCGGCAGGUGCACUCUGGAGAUUGGUCCACAUAUAUUCACGGAAACGACCAUAUUUGAAGUCCACUAUCAUCCAGUCCUUGCACACACGACACCUACUUAUGCCCAGCAAUCAACUAUCUCGAUUUCGGCUGCGCCACAAGGAUCAUAUACAACUCCCGUCCUUUCGUCAUUACCAAAUACUCCUAGUAUCCCACCGACACUUAUCAACCAAGUGAAUGUAGCAGCCCUCUCAAAUCCAACAUUGGCAAAUUUAUUACAAUUGGCCGCCUCAGGAAACGCAUCUAUGGACCAACUGAAAAACCUUGGCGUAACGAUACAGCAACUCGCAUCUUCAUCCGGAGUGAGCUUGGAUGCUUCUUCCAUGCAGUCCACACAGGCGCAGAACACAGCUACAGCUGUGGCAACUGGCACUGCGUCGUAUAACCAGCCAGUCUACCAAACCAAGGAUUUUGAUAUCGUGAUCGAAUUCCGUGAGUGUCCUACGGACCGUUGGAUUUUCCCUCGUGGACCGGCAGUAGGCAAUUUCACACCCGUGCCGGGGUCGAUGGGAUCAUAUGGCGAAGUAACUCUGUCUACGCGCGUUCCGUUUGAACAACGGCCUAAAGUAGCUUUGGAGGCUCAACCUGAUGGACAAGAGACACCAGAAGCUCAAGAAGUGGUGACUUUUCUUUUCACUGGAGCCGGUGCUCCCGUAUGGGAUUCAAUAUCACGCUGGAUCGGCUCCGAAGACAAGGUAGAGGAAAACCGCAAGAUCCUCGAAUCCAUUAAAACACCCGAACGAGUGUAUUUAGCACAUAGAUUAGCAGAGAGCCCCCUGCUAGCGCACAUCCAAAACGUUGCGGUUCCUUCAUUCUCUACGAAGCUCCUGAGGUCAACCGCUGAGAGCAGCAAUAAACCAAAACGCAAAGCGGCGCCUCGUAAACCUCCUCAACCCCAGCCCCAGCCCCAGCCUCAGUCCCGGCCCCCACCUCCACUUCAAGACGCAAGCCCUGCGCAGCAAAGCGGCGAGCCAGCUCCACCUCCACCAAAGAAAAAGCGCCAAUCGCAACCAAAACCCACGCCUUCAUUGCCAAAGAUCGCUUGCUUUGCGUGCGGUCAAACAGAUGUCCCUCUAAUUAUGGGCGGCAGAUAUUGUCGACCGUGUGUUGAAGCUGGCUGCGCAAUAGAUGACAUACCACAAGUAGGUGGUAGCCGUUACACCUACCAAUCCUCCGCACAAGUAUCGAGGCAACACAGCGUUUCACGUACUCCAGAUAGCCGACACCACCCCACUACUGCUUCAAACGCCCAUUCGGUUUUUGUUCCGUACCCCAAAGCCUCAGCAACAGAGCAAACAAAUAACGUACCGACGCCCGAUGCGAAGCAGACCUAGAUGUCAUUAGCAAGAUA